AUGGCUGAAUCUGAUUCUUUCGUCCAUCUCGCUCGUCCCUUGGGCCCCGUGGCUGUGGGGUCUGCACCGACGACCGCCCCUCUAGGUGUGAACAUUCAGCCUCAGGCGCUCUUCUCGAUCCUGGACCACUCGCUUCGUCGCAAUGCCGAUCAGGAGCGUGUCAUCGGAACCCUGCUAGGAACCCGAUCCGAGGAUGGAACUGAGGUCGAAAUCCGCAGCACCUUCGCUGUCGGUCACACCGAGACGACGGACCAGGUCGAGGUCGACAUGGAAUACCAGAAGCAGAUGCUGGCCCUGCAUCUCAAGGCCAACCCCAAGGAAGUCCUGGUCGGUUGGUACGCCACUUCGUCCGAGUUGAACACCUUCUCCGCCUUGAUCCAGAACUUCUACAGCGGCCAGGGUGACGGCACAUGGCCUCACCCCGCCGUCCACCUGACCGUGUCGACCGAGCCCGGCAAGGAUAUCGAGACCCGGGCCUACAUCUCCGCCCCCGUCGGUGUGACCGCCGAGCGCGCCGCCGACAGUGCCGCCUUCAUUCCCGUUCCCUACGAGAUCCGCUACGGCGAGACCGAAAAGAGUGGUCUGGAGGCCGUCUCCGCUGCUCGCGAUGCUGAGGAGCGUGCCACCAACCUGUUCACCGACAUCGAGGCCCUGGAGCGCGCCAUCGAGGAGGUUCUGGGCAUGAUUGACCGGGUUUCCCGAUACGUCGAGUCGGUCAUCGACGAGGAGGCUCCCGCUUCGACUGCUCUGGGCCAGUUCCUUCUGAACACCCUCGCAUUGGCUCCUAAGGUUGAUGCUGCCGACGUUGAGCGUGACUUCAACAACCAUAUCCAGGACGUCCUGGUUGUGUCGUACCUGGCCAACACCAUCCGUACACAGAUGGAGCUGUCCAACCGGCUAGCAACUGCCCAGCUCACUCUGGGAGGAGAGUCCGGUGCUGCCGAGUCCGGUGGUCAGCGCGGUCAACGAGGCGGCAAAGGAGGUCGUGGAGGUCAACAGCGGAACCAAGAGCGCAGUGGCGAGGAGACUCGCGCUUAA